AUGACAUGGUAUCAGAGCCCUGGUAGCUCAUCAACCUCUUUUGAUUUUCUGCUCAGAUUUCUCAUGACUAACCCAACUGAAGAAACGCCUUCUGCCUCCAUAGUGAUUGCUCGAAACACUCUUGUUUCUGAUGCUUCAGAUCCACUCUACCUUCUCCCAUCAGACUCACCUGGUAUGGUGUUAGUCAAUUUAGUCUUUGACGGGAAAAUCUAUGGUGGUUGGCGUAAGGCAAUUGUCAUAGCACUCUCAGCCAAGAACAAGCUUGGUUUCAUUGAUGGAUCCAUCAAAGAACCAGACCUGGCUGAUCCUUCAUCCAAAGCUUGGAAUCGUUGCAAUGACAUGGUAAUUUCCUUGCUCUUAAACUCUCUUUCUAGGGAUAUUGCUGAUAGUGUGUUGUAUUCCAAAACUGCAAAAGAUAUAUGGAUGGAGUUAGAAGCUAGGUUUGGGCAGUGUAAUGGAGCUCAACUAUAUCAACUCCAAAAAGAACUUAAUGAACUUGUUCAAGGAAACACUAAUAUAGCAGGAUACUAUACUAAAAUGAAGAAAAUCUGGGAUGAAUUAGAUACACUCAAUAUCUGUAUCACCUGUUCUUGCAACUAUUCAUGUGGAGGGAAAGAAAAAACCCUCAAAUCUUUUCAGGAUGGCAGAUUAAUCCAAUUCCUGAUGGGCCUAAAUGAAGCAUAUGGUCCAGUCAAGAGCAACUUCCUAAUGAUGACUCCUCUACCCAAUGGUAAUCAAGAUUAUUCUCUCUUAAUCCAAGAUGAAAAACAAAGAGAGAUACACAUUGGGAUGCAUCCUGCAGAAUCAACCUUCAUGGAAGGACAACAACAAGUCAACAAUCACAAAACUAUAGAAGGAAAGUUCAAAGGAAAUUUUGCUGGAAAGAGAAACAACCUAUUUUGUAACUAUUUCAAGAAACCUGGCCAUACUAUUGACAAAUGCUACAGGAUAGUGGAUUUUCCAGCAGAUCUCAAGUUCACUAAGUCCAAGAAAUUUCAGAAUUAUGCACAUGGAAAUGCAACCAUCACUGAAGAAAAUGCAGGAUACUCAUUAAAAGGGGGAGAGGGAGUUUCUUCAGCAAACACAAUUUCACAGGAGCAGUACAAUCAGCUAUUUCAAAUGCUUCAACAGAUGCAAAUUGGGCAAAAAGUGAUCAUGUUUCUAAGGUAG